UAACGAACAACACCAAUAUCGUCUGACAAUUCCAUCUUCUCUUACUCACUUUGAUUCCGUGUUCGUCUUCUUCUUCUUCUUCUUCCCUUUCCCAUCGCUAUCUUCUAAUUCCGUUAUUCCGCUGCAUUUUCACUUUUCAAGUUUGUUUUUCCACUGUAGUGUAUCCCCCUUUUCUUCUGUUCGCGGUGUUCAUCAUCAGUGUGAUUUUCUCGAUUAUUCUUGCACUUUCUUUCUGGGUUCUGUUCGUUUGUUUGAACCCUCCAAUUUGAUUGAGAUCAGUUAUGGCCACAGAGGAAGAUCUUGAUCUGUCAACUUUGAAAACUCAGCUCAGUGAAACAAAUGGAAAUUGGAAGCAUGAAAUGGAACGGCGUCAAUCAAAAGUAGAUGUGCUGCAAGCAAGGCUUGUGGAGGUAAAGGCUUCUAUAGAAGGUUCUGAGGAAGACUCUAGAAAAGAGCUAGAGGUUCUCUGGCGAAGAGUUACGACAACUUCUACAUUGUUGACAUACUUGAAAUCAAAAGCUAAAAUGUUGGCAGUGCCCCAUUUAGCUCACUCUUCAUGUGGUAUUAAACACUUAGAAGGAGUAGGAUUUGUUGACAAAAGUGGAACACCACUGUCUGGUUGGUCUAAGAGUAUUGAUCUUUCUUCAUUCGAUGGUUGUGAAGAGGAAUCCUUAAUGGUUAUUGGGAAGCCAUGUGGUUUAUUAGAUGAACAAGAUGCAGCUUAUAUUGGUCAAAUACUCAAGUCUGUUCAGAUAGUUUCAGCUGUAAUGGAAGCACUUGUCAAGAGGGUUAUUCUGGCAGAAUCGGAAGCUGCUGAAGAGAAGGAAAAGGUACAUAUGGGUCAGGAGGAAAUUAAGAAGAAAUCAAUCCAGAUUGAGAACAUGUCUUCAAAACUGGAGGAAAUGGAACAGUUUGCUGUGGGUACUAAUGGUAUUCUAAAUGAAAUGCGGCUGAGAGUUGAGGAUCUGGUUGAAGAAACGUGUAGACAGAGGCAAAGAGCUGCUGAAAAUGAGCAGGAACUAUGUCAUGUUAAGCAGGACUUUGAGUCCUUGAAAUCAUAUGUCAGUAGCCUCAUCACUGUUAGAGAAACACUUUUGUCAUCGGAAAAGCAGUUUCAGACAAUCGAGAGGCUGUUUGAACGGCUAGUUGCAAAGACAAGUCAGUUGGAGGGUGAGAAAAUGCAGAAAGAAGUAGAAGUUCAGAAACUUAUGGAAGAGAAUGUGAGGUUGAGUGCCCUUCUUGACAAGAAAGAGGCUCAACUUGUGGCCAUGAAUGAACAAUGCAAGGUUAUGGCCUUGAGUGCCUCACAUAUUUAGUCCAGAAACUCCUCCUCCUUGCUCAUCAGCCAGCCUAGUAACGCUUCAUCUCGGUUCACAAUCCCGGGCCAACCAAGGUGUCGGCAGCAUCAGGUAUUCUUGCAUAUAAAUGUAUUUACAAAAACCCUUGUGGACUAUAGUGUGUAGUUCCAUAGUGUUCUAGCUCUUCCAUCUGCUUCUACGGAGAGAACUCUCAAGGUUUUUCUUCAUUGGAGUUUGAACUUGGUUUGUGAAUGGUUCCUUGCUUCCGAGAUGUGCAUGUGUAUGCUUCCAAAGUUGGUAUCUUUCUGCCCUUUGGCGCCCUUCAUAAGUUUCCCUUUUGGCAUUUACAAUUCUUUGUCUUUUGUCAGUUUGAUUCAAACUACAAUGCUGACAUCCUUUUAAGCAGGUUCUGGGCUGCACUCUCAUAACUCCACACUGCUUCAAUUCCUUCUUCCCAGUUUUAAAAAUAGAUACAUUUGAAA